UUUCAUUUCUCAAGAAAGUCACUCAGACAGGAUAUCUGUUCACAAUGGCAGCAGCUGAUUCUUCCCUGGCCACUGAUCAGUAUUCCUGCCCAGUGUGUCGGGAGGUCCUGAAGGAGCCGGUCACUAUCCCAUGUGGACACAGCUACUGCUUGGACUGUAUUGAUGACUACUGGGACAAGUCAGAUACCAAGGAGACGUACAACUGUCAUCAGUGCAGGCGGUCGUUCAAAGUGAGACCAGAGCUUAACAAAAAUGUCUUGCUGGAUGAAGUUAUAAAGAGUCUAAAAGAAGUGAAAACUGAUGUCACUCACAGUCAGAGUUAUGCUGGACCUGACGAUGCAACUUGUGAUUUGUGUCCAGAGAAAAAAUUAAGAGCUGUGAAGACCUGCCUGACAUGCAUGGCCUCCUACUGUGAGACUCAUCUGCAGCCUCAUCGAAAGUAUGAAGCUCUGAAGAGACACAAACUGGAGGAGCCAACUAGAAACCUUGAAGAGAAACUCUGCGCAAGGCAUCAGCGAGUUCUGGAAGUCUUCUGUAGGACCGACGGAGCCUGCAUCUGCCUACUAUGUUUGGCAACUGAACACAAGAAUCAUGAUACAGUGACACCGGAUGAAGAGAGAGCUGGGAGACAGAAUCAGCUGGAAGUGAGAAAGGCAGAAAUGAAAAACAAAAUUGAAGAGAAAGAGAAGAAACUGAAAGAGAUGAAGGAGACCGUGAUGAUGAUUCAGUUUCUGUUUUCUUCUAAUCAGAGCGCUGCAGAGAGAGAAUUGCAGGAACUUGAGGAGACCUUCAAGUCUGUGCUUCAGGCCAUUGAGAAGUUGAGGUCAGAGGUCAUUGCGGUCAUUAGCAGUCAGAAGAGGAUGGUAGUGAGAAAGGCUGAAGAGGUCAUGGAACGACUGGAGAAGGAGAUCAAGGAUCUGAAGAGGAAAGAUGUUGAGCUGGCCGAGCUUUCACAGACAGAAGACCACAUCCGUUUCCUAAAGAAGUUACCAUCUCUCUGUGUUCCAGUUGAAGGUAGAGAUGCACCCAAUACCACUGCUAAAAGAGAAUUUCUUUCUGAGAGCCUGAAGAAGAAACUAUGUCAUCUGAAGAAGAUCCUGGUGGAAAUGAGUGGCUGGGAGUUUGUGAAGGCCAAGGAAGCUGGGGUUAAUGAUUCAGGUCACAUCCUACAGAAUCUGAGGACAAGAAAUGGACUUUUAAAAUAUUCUUGCCCGCUCACCCUGGACCCAAACACAGUACACAGACGCCUCCGUCUGUCUGAAGGGGAGAGGAAGGUGACAACUGAGAUGACAGAAGUCCCUUAUCCUGACCAUCCUGACAGAUUUGACUUUUGGCUGCAAGUUCUGUGCAGAGAGGCUCUGAGUGGGAAUCGCUGGUACUGGGAGGUCGAGUGGAGUGGAGAAGGGGUGACGGUGGGAGUGACAUAUAAAGGGAUUACAAGGAAAGGAGACAAAGAGGAGUAUCGGCUUGGAUAUGAUGACAAAUCCUGGAAUUUGUUCUGCUCUGAUUCCAGUUACACUGCGUGGCACAAUACCAUAAAGACAGAAAUCAUCGCCCCCUGCAGUCACAGGAUAGGCAUAUACCUUGACUGCCCAGCUGGCACUCUGUCAUUUUAUAGCAUCUUGGACACAAUGACCCUCCUGCACAUGUUCAACACCUCCUUCACCGAGCCUCUUUAUCUUGGGUUUGGGUUUAAGUUUCAUUCCAGUGUGAGAAUCUGCCCUCUGACCCUGUCUGACUGGUGACCAGUGUCUUCCAUCACACGGGUGGUAAAGUGAGACAUUCUACAGACCAACUGAGCAUAAACACCCCCAAGUUAAUGGACAGUGUGGUGCUCUGUUAAUGUUUUAAAAAUUUAAACUCUGCCUCAUGAAGAAUAGGGAGCAAA